AUGCCGAAGAUAGAUAAGAGCGGCCGAUUAAGCAGCACUCGAGCCGCCCGCGAAAACUCGCUCUCUAGGGUUUUGCGUUUCUCUCGCCAAAAUCUACACAUGUCUUUUGAAAUUAGGGCAAAGAAGAAGCAAUCGUCGUCUCUGAUUACGUCACUUCCCGAAGACGUCAUCAUUGACAUCUUAGCGCGUGUUCCCAGAGGCGACUAUCCAAAACUCUCCCUGGUCUCGAAACACUUCCGAUCCCUCGUUGAAUCCUCUGAGAUAUACGCGAGACGAUCCUUGUUAGGCUGCACCGAACAUUGUCUCUAUGCUGUCAUCUUUAACGAAGAAACAUGGGAUUACGAAUGGUAUAUUCUCCGCCGGAAAGUCAACGGCAAUCGCCACUUGGUCCCUAUCCCUUCGCUUCCCGAUAUUCCUCGGGGUGUCAGCUUUGUUCGGGUGGGUUCGAAGAUAUAUGUGUUUGGUGGGUCUGAUCAGAACUAUAUUGCGUUAAGCAUCGAUUGCAGAUCUCACACGAUGCAAACCCUCCCCAGCAUGCCUAUGCCCAUCUCUUAUACAAUCGCUAACAUCAUCGACGGGAGAAUCUACGUAAUUGGAAAUUUUGACUUCUUGAAGGUGAUGGUGGUGUUCAAUACAGCAACACAAAUGUGGGAGCCUGAGAUUAUAAAGGUAGACAUUGAGCUAGGUAACACGUGGCGUGGUUCUGUGGUGAUGGCUGAAAAGAUGUACACGAGGGAUUAUGGUUACAGCUUUGUUUACGACCCAAAGAAGAGUAAAUGGGAUAAGGACGAGGUGUUGAAUUCUAAGAAGUGGAAGCAUGCGUGUGUAGUUGAUGACGUAUUGUACUACUACGAUGGGGAGGAGAACGAGAUAAGAGCGUAUGAUCCAAAGCAAAAGUAUUGGAGAGUUGUGAAAGGUUUGGAAGAGUUUUUGCCUGAGACGGCAAGAUAUUCAAGGUGGUCAAAUACUGUGGAUUACGAUGGGAAACUGGUUUUGUUUCUCACUAAAUGUGAAGAAAAAACAUGUGAGAUUAGGUGUGCGGAGAUUUCGCUGGAAAGACAUCAAAGAAAAGAGAUUUGGGGUAAAGUUGCGUGGUUUGAUCAAGUUUUGACUUCUGGGAAUUUGAGUCUUGUGAAACCUCUAGCUGUAAUGGUUUGA